AUGGGCUUCUUCUCAGCCAAGGAGCGGUCCUACCGCCUCGUCCACCGCAAGUGGCCCACGAUUUCGCGCAAGGCCACCGUCUGGCUGAUGCCGCUCGAGCUCGCCGGCCUGAUUUCCGUGCUCGUCAUCUACGGCAUCGCGCAGCCCGACCUCUACCGCACAAAGAUGUGGCAGAUUGGCUACGACAACGGCCUCAACUCCAACCCCAACAUGAUUCUCUACGCCUACGCCAACUUUAAGCCGCUGCCCAAGGUGCCUCUCAUCUGGUCCUCCACCUUGACCAACUUCAACGUCGCCAUCUCCGUCAUCUCGCUCUUCUUCCUCCUGGCCAAGCUCAUCGCUUUCAUCAUGAAGCUGUGGUUCCCCAUCGUCGCCGUCUUCGUCAACAUGGCGCUCCUCGCCCUCUACACCGUCAGCGUCUACGGCCAGAUUGGCCCCGACUACGCCGACCCUCGCUAUCCCUCGCCCGCCGCCUGGUACUUUCGCCAGGGCUGCGGCCUCGCCAAGCGCUACGGCGCGUACAAGUCUUGCCAGAUUGCCCAGGGCUCUCUCGCCGCCACCUUUUACAUGCAUGCCUUGUAUAUACUGAACCUCGGAUUUGCCAUUUAUGCCAUGUGGCCGAGAAAGGGAAGCCACUUCGAGGACGAAUCAGAUGCCGAAUCGAUUCACAGCACCCCAAACCUCAAGGACACUGAGAUGCAGGCCUUCACCUCUACGCCCUUUACUCCUCGCACGCAGGCUUUCCAUACCCUUGAUAGGAAGCUUCCACUGCGCCAGGAGACAGAGUUGGCAAUACGACAACGUCAAAGAGAAAUACCCGAAACAAGUCUUGUCGCUUUGAGUAGGUGGCAUUUGGCAGAUUACUUUAAAUCAUGA